UUUGCCUGGGCUGGGUACUGAGGCCGAGGUCCCCGCCACGUCGUGGGCUCUGGGGUUAGGGCUGGGGAGGACAGCCUUGCCGCCGAGUACGCUGACUGUCCUGGCCGUCUAGGGGGCAUGUGGCCUUCCUGAGUCCCCUUAAGCCUUGGGGACCCUGACUCGGGUCUGUGGUGAGGGGGCCCAGGCAGGAGGGGAGGCUGCAGUGGCUUUGGCCGCCAUCUCCCGUGCUGGAACUCCUGCCUCAGCCCUCCCUGCAGUCACUGGUGACUCAGGCCGGCCAGAGUUUAGAUGGAAACAGGAUGUGUGGGCACGUUGUCGGGGGGGGCCUGGAAGGUCGCCCCGGGUUCACCAAGCCGGAGCACAGGCAGGUGGGGUGCCUCUGCACACUGGAGGCCUCGUCUGGGCCAGAGGGGUGCUUGCCCCAAGGCUGGCCUCUCGAGUGGAGGGCCCAGGGCAGACACCUGCACGGCUCAGGUAGGGGCCAGGCCUCUUCCAGAAAGGCUCCACCCUCGCCCAGCCCCUGGUGCCGGGCGGGACGUCCCGGAGCCCCGCCUGCCCGCGGGAGGCGGGGGCAGGAGGCUGUGGACAGGGACCCAGACUUGCCGACCUGCACGACUCUGGCCAUGGGGAACAGCCACUGUGUCCCUCAGGCCCCCAGGAGGCUCCGGGCCUCCUUCUCCAGAAAGCCCUCGCUGAAGGGAAACAGAGAGGACAGCGCGCGGAUGUCGGCCGGCCUGCUGGGCCCCGAGGCUGCUCGAAGCGGGGACGCCGCCGCCAACAAGCUCUUCCACUACAUCCCGGGCACGGACAUCCUGGACCUGGAGAACCAGCGAGAAAACCUGGAGCAGCCAUUCCUGAGUGUGUUCAAGAAGGGGCGGCGGAGGGUGCCUGUGAGGAACCUGGGAAAAGUUGUGCAUUACGCCAAGGUCCAGCUACGGUUCCAGCACAGCCAGGAUGUCAGCGACUGCUACCUGGAGCUAUUCCCCGCCCACCUGUACUUCCAGGCCCACGGCUCGGAAGGACUCACAUUUCAGGUGAGGCGGUGGGCAAUGGGGUGGGGCCAUGGCCGCCCUUCCCUCCAUGGAUCCCUGAAGCUCCUCCUACCCUGUGCCUGGCAGGGGCUGUUACCGCUGACGGAGCUGAGCAUCUGCCCGCUCGAGGGGUCCCGAGAGCACGCCUUCCAGAUCACAGGUGUUUGGGAUGCUUCCCGGGCCCCCAGAGGCACUCCUGACCCAGGACUUGGAGAGGGGCCUGCCCUGUGGCUGCGGAGCACAUGUGUGUAUGUGUGUGCCCUCUCUGCCCUGCCCGCAGGCCCGCUGCCCGCACCCCUCCUGGUGCUCUGCCCCAGCCGGGCCGAGCUGGACCGCUGGCUUUACCACCUGGAGAAGCAGACGGCCCUCCUCGGGGGGCCACGGCGCUGCCACUCGGCACCCCCACAGGGGUCCUGUGGAGACGAACUCCCCUGGACUUUGCAGCGCCGUCUAACCCGGCUGCGGACGGCGUCAGGGCACGAACCCGGCGGCAGUGCUGUCUGUGCCUCGAGGGUCAAGCUGCAGCACCUGCCCGCACAGGAGCUGUGGGACCGGCUCUUGGUCCUCUACCCAACGUCCUUGGCCAUUUUCUCCGAGGAGCUGGACGGGCUUUGCUUCAAGGGGGAGCUCCCACUCCGUGCUGUCCACAUCAACCUGGAGGAGAAGGAGAAGCAGAUCCGCUCCUUCCUGAUUGAAGGCCCCCUCAUCAACACCAUCCGCGUGGUGUGCGCCAGCUACGAGGACUACAGUCACUGGCUGCUGUGCCUUCGCGCUGUCACCCACAGGGAGGGGGCCCCGCCGCUGCCUGGUGCCGAGAGCUUCCCAGGGUCGCAGGUUACGGGCAGUGGCCGAGGCUCACUCUCCUCAGGCGGACAGACCAGUUGGGACUCGGGGUGCUUGGUGCCCCCCUCCACCCGCACCAGCCACUCCCUGCCUGAGUCCUCGGUGCCAUCCACUGUGGGCUGCUCCUCCCAGCACACACCGGACCAGGCCAACUCUGACCGUGCCAGCAUUGGCCGACGGAGGACCGAGCUGAGACGCGGUGGCAGCAGCCGGUCACCCGGGAGCAAGGCCCGGGCAGAGGGCCGCGGCCCUGUCACCCCACUGCACCUGGACCUGACCCAGCUGCACAGGCUGAGCCUGGAGAGCAGCCCAGAUGCCCCUGACCACACUUCGGAAACAUCACACUCGCCCCUCUAUGCCGACCCCUACACACCACCUGCCACCUCCCAUCGCAGGGUCACAGAUGUCCGGGGCCUGGAGGAGUUCCUCAGUGCCAUGCAGAGUGCACCUGGACCCAUGCCCUCGAGCCCACUCCCCUCGGUGCCUGUGUCUGUGCCUGCCUCUGACCCUCGCUCCUGCUCCUCCGGCCCCGCUGGCCCCUACUUGCUCUCCAAGAAGGGAGCCCUGCAGUCCAGAGCCACUCAGAGACACCGGGGCUCAGCCAAGGAUGGGGGGCCGCAGCCCCCAGACUCCCCUCAGCUUGUCUCCUCUGCCAGGGAAGGUUCGCCCGAACCCUGGCUGCCUCUGACAGAUGGUCAGUCCCCCAGGAGGAGCCGGGACCCCGGCUACGACCACCUCUGGGACGAGACUUUGCCUUCCUCCCACCAGAAGUGCCCCCAGCUUGGAGGGCCUGAGGCCAGUGGGGGGCUUGUGCAGUGGAUCUGACGGCCGCGGUGAGGUGGGUUCUCAGGACCACCCUCGCCAAGCUCCAGGGUACCUGCCCCUCUAACCCACUUCAAAUUACAAGUCAGGGUCUGAACCCAGUGUGAUGGGGGGAGUCUCUGGGGCCCUGAGUUCAGAGCCUGUCCCUCAGCUCCUGCUCCGUGGUGCCAGCAGCUGGGGCAGGGAAGGGUGGGAGGGGCCCCAUCCAAAGGAUGCCCUGGCCAGCGAGGCUGGGUCACAGGUCAGGGAGGUCCUGGCUGUCCACAGGGUCGGCCCUCAGCUCAGCCAGGAGUCAGGGAGGAGACUCACUGGGAGUGAGAGGGCAGCACGGGCGUGAAGGUCGGAGGACAGAGAAAGGUCAGCAGGGUCAGAGUAUGUGAGGUCAGAGGGCAUGAGGGUCACAGGUCAGCAAGGUGUGAGGAGCACAAGCCAGGGUGUCCCGAGGAGGAGGGCGGGUGGGUCCUCGCGUGGCCUGGCGCGCGCCACAGGGCAGCACGGGAGACGUUGACACCACCGGACGAGAAAGAAAAAAAGAGAAGAGAGAGAGGAGAAGAGAGAAGAGAAGAGAAGAGAGAAGAGAAGAGAGAAGAGAAGGAAAGAGAGAGAGAGAAUGAGAAAAGGAAGAAAGAAAAAGAAAAGAUAGAAUUUUAUUGGUGCUGCAUCCAUGUGUUCUCCGCUCAGCAGCCAGGGUCUCCCACAGUCCUGAGGACCCCCACCCAGCACCCAGCCAGGCAGCCCCCUUCCUCUGCCACCUCGGGCCCCUCACCGACCUUCCCACCUCAUCUCUGACUCCUCUUGGCUGUGGGUCCCCAGCUGCCCCACAGGAGCCCCCGGGACAACCCCAGGAGCCCAGCCCUCCAUCUGAUGCCACCGAAUUCUCCCUCUGCACCUGCACCCAGGGCUCCCGGGGAGGGGCUUGCGGCUCUGCCACAGACCCCCACCCUGCAGGGGCCGCUGCACUGGGGAGGGGCAGGCAGAGCCUUCACUGUCUCAGGCCAGAGCCCGCAGAGGCCUUGGCCACAGUCCUUCGAGGAUCAAGAGUGAUGGGCCUUGGAGCCCUUGCCAGCCCAGCCCACCUGUGAGGAGGCUGCCCAUCCCCUCUUUGAGGCCACCCUGUGUCCUCUCCCCUGCCUCUGCCCAGAGCUCCAGCGGGAGUGUCUUGCUGCUCAGACCCCUCUGAGGUCCAAGUCCUGUCCUGCCACUCAGCCCCCACUGCACCCCAGAAGAAAUGCAGGGUGCGGUUGCAUUUGAUUUCAGAUGAACAAUAACUUCUUAGUAAAAUGACCUCCCCACUA